UUAUUUUGAAUGUUUAUAAUUCAAUAACAAGAACUGUUAUAUAUUCAAUACAAAUAUGAAUUUACUAAUAAUUCCGUUAUCAAUAAAAAAAAUUUAAACAUGAAUCUCAAGAACAGUUUGUUUUCUAUGCUAUUCAGUUUAUGUUUCUUCGAGAUGGAUACCGGUACGUGUGUUCUUUCACAAUCUACAAGUGCACAACGAAAGUUUUACCAAUGGGUACUCAAAUGGAUAAACGGACUACAUGCGCAUGUUGAUGAAGAAAUGCGCGAUAUUCGACAUUCUGCAAAACUAGAUGUAUCAAUAUUAGCUACCUUUUUACAAGCGAUCGGAUUUAAAUUGCUUUCAUUUGAAAAAUAUAAUGAUCCACUUAUCUUUAAAAAAAAUGAAAAUAAUAUGAAAACAGAAUCUGAACAAGGAAUUCUUAAAGUUGCAAUCGAAUGUGAUAUAUCAAACAUGAAAGCAGUGUUAGAAUUAGGAGGAAUUACAUGUCAAUGUCCUAAUUCUGAUCAUAUUAAGGAUGCAUCUUUUUGGACAAUUAGUGGUACCGAACCUACUGGAAGUAUCGAUAAUAUUGCACAAAAAGUGGAAGAAACUGGUAGUAAUCUAUUACCUCGUUUAUCAAAAGACGUUACACGAGUUUUGCGUGAUGUAUCAUAUAAAUUGUUUGAUACAAUCGUAUAUGAGCCGGACGUUAAUCGUAAUACAGAUAUAAAUUUAAAUAUUUCACGCAUAAGUAAUAUAUUUUGCGAACAAAGACCUACUCAGGAUACUUCAAAAAAAAAUGUUACACGAAGUCAUACACAACCGGAAAUAUGUUUUCGUACAAACAAUAUCAAUUUAAAUAGUAUUUCUGAGGAUCAAAGUAAGAAUACGAAUCUCGAAUCAUCUGUAAGUCACACUACUUCUCAAAAAGGACCUACUCUUCAACGUCAAAAAACAUGGGAUAUCGAAACUGGAAGUUUAGACGGAGAACCACGACCAUCGCCACCAAAACUCACGAGUUCUCCUGCUAUACUUACUGAAUUAUCUAAGUCUUUAGGACAAAUUUCCUUACAAAGCGAAAUUGAGAAUCCUAAAAAUGUGACUGAAUAUAUUUUAAGAGCACAACAAAACUUAGAAAAAGCUCUUAAUGUUUUAUUAAUCAAUAAACCGAAGACAUCGAUUGAUUUAUCGCCUUUUCAAGAUAAUGAUGCUACAUCUGUAAAAUCAGCACCGGCAAAUACAGCUGCUAUUAUUAGUCCUUACAAAUCAACUCGACCAAAUUCAAAUAUCAAGUCUUUGUCAAAAUUAAGCUACGAGCAAAAAAUAAUUUCGGGAAAUUUAGCUCAAACCCCAAAAAUUCAACCAACGCUUUCUAAACCUCUUACUCGAAGAAAUUUAAAACUUGAACAAGAGAAUUCAAAAUCCAAGGUUCGCCGUAAUAGUUUUUAUAUUCCCUCACCUGCUAAUUCUAAUACUUCAUUAUUAAAACCUUCAGACACAGGAAAAAAGUUUUUAGAAAGCGGAAGAUAUAGCAUGAGUAAAAUAAAUCUUACAAUCAAUUCUGAUUUAUCGAAUAGAAAUUUAAUAAGAACAAAAAAAUUUACAUCUUCUGAACAAAAAAAUAGUGCUUCAUCAAAUUUGGAAACGCUCAAUACAACGAAUAAUCGUAUUUCAAUGAUUAAACCACCUACAAAAAUUUCGAAAACAACACCUAUUAAAAUGAAAACAACACCUAUUAAAGUAAAAUCAAUAAAAUCGACAAACAUAAAUUCAGGAACUAUAAAAAAAUAAAAUAAAAAAAAUCAAGAGU